CACCUGUUGAUUUACCCUUUAUCUCUUCUACAACUAUCCUUUCCACUCUUCUUCCACACCCCGUCUCCCCCUACUUCACAUUCUAAUACCGCAAUCAUGGUCGCUGCCACUAAUGGAGUUGCUCACCACAACCAGGGACACUUCCUGUUCACCGUAUGUUGUUCUCUUUGGGGCUUGGUGACACAUUUGCGAGGUUCAUUUACUGACGAUAUCCAUUAGUCCGAGUCCGUAGGAGAGGGGCACCCAGACAAGAUCGCUGAUCAAGUCUCCGACGCCAUUCUCGAUGCCUGCUUAGCCGUUGACCCUCUGUCCAAGGUUGCUUGCGAGACUGCCACCAAGACCGGUAUGAUCAUGGUCUUCGGUGAGAUCACCACCAAGGCACACCUCGACUACCAAAAGGUCAUCCGAAAUGCCAUCAAGGACAUCGGUUACGACGACUCGGCGAAGGGUUUCGACUACAAGACUUGCAACAUCUUGGUUGCCAUUGAGGAGCAAUCUCCCGAUAUCGCACAAGGUCUGCACUACGAGAAGGCUCUCGAGCAGAUGGGUGCUGGUGACCAGGGUAUCAUGUUCGGCUAUGCCACCGACGAGACCCCAGAGUUGUUCCCUUUGACCCUCCAGUUGGCACACAAGCUCAAUGCUGCUAUGUCUUCUGCUCGCAGAGAUGGAAGCUUGCCAUGGCUCAGACCUGAUACCAAGACUCAAGUCACCAUUGAGUACAAGCACGAUAACGGUGCCGUUGUCCCAGUCAGAGUAGAUACUGUUGUCGUCUCUGCUCAGCACAGCGAGGAUAUCUCCACUGAACAGCUCCGAAAGGAGAUCAAGGAGAAGAUCAUUAAGAAGGUUAUCCCUGCCAAGUACUUGGAUGAUAAGACCAUUUACCACAUCCAACCUUCCGGACUCUUUAUCAUUGGUGGACCUCAAGGUGAUGCCGGUCUUACCGGCCGAAAGAUCAUUGUUGACACAUACGGUGGAUGGGGAGCCCACGGUGGUGGUGCUUUCUCCGGAAAGGAUUUCUCCAAGGUCGAUAGAUCUGCUGCAUACGUCGCCCGAUGGGUUGCUAAGUCCUUGGUCAACGCCAAGCUUGCCCGCCGUGCUCUCGUUCAACUCUCAUACGCCAUUGGUGUUGCGGAGCCCCUCUCCAUCUACGUCGAUACCUACGGUACAUCCGAUAAGACCUCUGCUGAGCUCGUUGAGAUCAUCAACAAGAACUUCGAUCUCCGCCCAGGUGUCAUUGUCAAGGAGCUCGACUUGGCCCGCCCAAUCUACUUCCAAACUGCCAAGAACGGCCACUUCACCAACCAGAACUUCAGCUGGGAGAAGCCAAAGACCCUCACUCUCUAAAUCUUACACACUACCUACACGUUGCCAUGAAUAUGGUGGAAUGACUCAACGUCUUCUACUCGAGGCAGAAUAUCUGUUUUUCCUAUGGGACUCUCACGGCGAAAUGAUUUGACGAAAAAAGGGCAUGGUCUCAACGACCUCGGGGUUACAACGGAGUUUUUUCCUUCUUGAUUCGAUAAUCGGUACAUUUACCAACUUUCGCGAUGCUUUUCUGAUCCGCAACAUUUUCGAAGCUUUCUCUUCUGUUUUUGACCGUUAUUUUGUGGGCAGCAAGCAAGGUGCACAAAAAUAAAGCGCAAAGAAGAUAAAAGUCUUUCAACAUAGACCGUAGAUAAGACAGGCAGGGCAUCACACAUCAACGGGAAACGGGUCUCCUCUCUCUUCGCAGGAAGAGGAGUCAGACUCUGAUAUCCCGGUUUUGAUAUUUGAUUUUUCAAUAUCUCUGCACCAUAGAGAGCAGCAUUAGCAAACUAUAUCUGGCGUUUAGGGAGAACUUCAACAUCUUCUUCUGGCUGGAUCUGGUGGUCGGUUGGGUCUGGUUUUGUUCUGCGCGCCUCGUUGGUGUUCUUGGAACGAGGCUUGGGCGGACGACCGGGCGAGCCAGCGACUGGCCAUCAUAAGCAAGCACAUUAUACCCCAUGUGUGCUCUCUUCACAGCUACGUGCUAGUAUGCGGAGAAUCGGGUUUUUAGAUAGAAGUGUGG